UUUACGCAGUUAAAAGAGCUUGUAGACUUACUUAGUAUACAGGAGGAGGAUCUAUACAAUAUGGACGAGACUGGCAUCCAGAUUGGCAUCUCGAAGAGGCAGGCUAUCUACACGCAACAUAGACGCAACGUCCUUAUGCCAACGUCUAAUAACAGAGAGCUCGUUAGCCUUAUAGAGUGUAUUUCUGCGUCUGGCCAUUCAAUCGCGCCUAUGAUUGUUGUCAAAGGCAAAUUAAUUUAG